ACUCACUUCGGAUCUCUCGCUCACUCUCAGCUCGAAUCGAAUAACGACAGAGGAUUUCUCGUCUCUCACGGACGACGUUUAGGCUUUACUCUCUUGGGCUUGCUCGGUUCAUAAUCCAAACGUGAACCAUUGCGAUCACGUAUUUAAACGAUGCAGGCCAUUAAGUGCGUCGUUGUUGGUGACGGAGCAGUGGGUAAGACGUGUCUGCUAAUUAGUUACACUACCAAUGCCUUUCCUGGUGAAUAUAUUCCGACUGUAUUCGACAAUUACUCGGCAAAUGUUAUGGUCGACGGUAAACCAAUCAACCUGGGUCUAUGGGAUACUGCCGGCCAGGAAGAUUAUGAUAGGUUGAGACCACUGUCAUAUCCUCAAACUGAUGUUUUCCUCAUUUGUUUUUCGCUCGUUAAUCCAGCAAGUUUUGAAAAUGUACGAGCUAAAUGGUAUCCAGAGGUACGUCAUCACUGUCCCGCUACUCCAAUUAUUCUUGUGGGAACUAAGCUAGAUUUACGUGAAGAUAAAGACACCAUUGAAAGACUCAAAGACAAAAAACUGGCACCAAUAACUUAUCCUCAAGGUUUAGCGAUGGCUAAAGAAAUUGGUGCAGUAAAAUAUCUUGAAUGCUCAGCUCUGACACAAAAAGGAUUAAAAACAGUUUUUGAUGAAGCGAUACGUGCAGUAUUGUGUCCAGUCCCCCAGGUAAAACCGAAGCGUAAAUGUUGUCUGCUAUAAUAUUAAUUAUUAAACGACGCCCGAUCGACUCUGAGCGUUUACCGCUUCCGUCAAUACGAUUGUUUUAACUCCAAAUGUGUAUCGUGCUUUGACGACGAUGUAUAAAAGACUCCAAAGUGACAUAUUGAUAUCGUGUCACUUAAAACAUUAUACCAUUUUUUGUCGUCUAUCGUUCCGAGUUUUUUGCAUCGAUGAAGAUGUAAAGCGGUUAUGCAGCGCACAAUAAUAAAGAAUCCAACAGUUUAAAUGCGAAAAAAAUUUUGAGAUUGAAAUAAAGAUGAGGAGACAAAAAAAGUCAACGUUAUUAAUAGAUUACAUUACAAGGAAAAUUAAAUUACUUUUUGAUUAAAAGUUAUAUUUAUUAGACAUUAAUUAUUUUAUAAGAAUAUGUUUUUAUUUCACUUUUUAGUUAUUUUUUAAAAUCAAAAAUGAAACUUAAACGAUCGGGAUAGUCGUGCUUUAUAUCAAGAAUAAUUGAUGAUAAAAGAAAUUUAGCAGAAAAAUUGGGCAAGAGAGCUAAUCUACAUACAAUCAUUAUAAAAUAACAUUUAUGUACAGUUUAACAGAAAUGAAAAAAAAAACUAACGAUGUUGGCGAUAAUAAAAUUAUCGUUAUUAUAAUAAAUUAGUUAAUUUUUAAUUAAUGAUUCAAUUAUAAGUAUGAUUAAGAUAAAUAAACUACAAAUAAUUUAAGAAUUUUUAUCAAAUAUCAGAUAUGUGUAUUUAAUUGGGAUAAAAUUUUGUAGAAAAAACAUCAAGUGCAACCUUGAUGCUCUCUAAGUUAAUUUCAAUUGAGCCCAAUGAAUGUCUCUAUAAAAUUCGUACGAAUUAUUGGAAAAAAAAUUUAUUCACGCACAACUCGUAGAAAUCGAGACGAAAUCUAAGAGCGCGAACACAGAGGUGGAAUGUUGUAAAAAAAUGAAAAUUGACGGAAAAAUAAGAUUAAACAUGAUUUUGUUCGAUUCGUCCUUAAAAUGUUUGAAUGAGUAAUGAAUGAAAGAAAAUAUGAUAAAGUAUAUAAAAUAAGAUAUUAAUAAAAAAUAAAAAAAGUGUGAUUGAAUGAAUAGUAAAUAAAUAUAUUACUGAAUGAGAAAGUGAUAAAAUAAUAACUAAUUGUAAAUACUUGCUAAAAUUUAAACUUAUUCCUAUUAUUAUCGUCAUUAUUAUACAUCAUGUAAGCUACCAACUGAUACAAAAUUGACGGAAAUACGUUACUUGUUUUAUAUAAAUACAUAUAUAUAUAAAAUAAGUAAAUAUGAAAAUAAUAUAAUUGAAUGUAAAAUUUAAAUAAAAUACAAAAAAAUAAAGUUUCAAAAAUAUCAGGCCGAGCUAAGUUCCUGAAUAUAUAACCUAAUGGUGUUUAAUCAAUUUAAUUGCAAUAGAACAAACCUAUACAAUUUAUAUUGUGGGUAUGACAAAAAAUCAAAUCCAAAAAGCCUAUAGUAGAUCUUCAUAGACAUGAAAAAUCUUGGCCUGAAUAAAACUAGAUGUAACAAAAUUUGCUUUAUUAAAUGAGUGUUUACUAAAACAAAUAA